AUGAGCACGCGCGGACUCCGACUGCGGAGGCCGUGCCCAGGGACCACAACUCCCAGAGUGCUCCGCGCCCUCGCCACCGCAGCCGCCGCAGCCGCCGCCGCCGUUGCCGAGACCAAGAUGGCCGGGAGAAUCGCCGCCUUUCUCAGGAAUGUCUGGGCCAAGGAGCCGGUGCUAGUGGCAUCCUUCACCAUCGGGGGUCUCGCUAUAAUUCUGCCUGCGCUCAGCCCCUACACCAAGUACUCCAUCAUGAUCAACGAGGCCACACCCUACAACUACCCAGUGCCCCUCCGAGACGACGGGAACAUGCCUGACGUGCCCAGCCACCCCCAGGACCCCCAGGGCCCAAGCCUGGAGUGGCUGAAGGAACUGUGAGCUCCUCCACUGACAGGGAGAGGCCCCCUCCCUGACGGCCCCCAAUAAAAAUGUGAAAACC